AUGAGGCUUGAUAUUGACAACGAUCUGCUGACGGCAAUGGCAGAGCGAUGGCGCCCUGAGCUGCAUACCUUCCACUUUCCCGAAGGUGAAAUGACGAUCACCCUCAAAGAUGUUGCCAUCCUCACCGGGCUCCCGAUCACCGGAGAUGCCAUCAUCGACAACUCGAGAAAACCAGAAGAUGGUUGGGGGCCAUUGAUUCAGGAACGUCUGGGGUUCAACAUGCCGACCACCACGCCCGUCGAAGGUCAGGGGCAUCCACCACUGAAUGCGGGGCAAGUAUCGAUCCCGUGGCUUGUUGACCACAUCCAGAUGGAGGUUAAUAUAGGCCCAGAUACUCCUGAAGAUCAGGUGGAGCGGUAUGCACGUGUCUACCUAAUUGCCUUGGCGGUAUGGGAUCCAUAUCCAAAUGAAGUGGUUGAGUUGCAUCGUCUUAGACAUCCCGAGGAUCAAGAGACAUGGUUGUGCAAGGUGCCCUUAAUCUGCUGGCACAUGGUGGAGUGGCACCUGCCCGAUCGAUCUUUGAGGCAAUAUCGAUUGGAGCAACCAAUUCCAGCAUCCCCACCUCAAGGGUUCAGGGAGCUCCACGCCAUUGACCUACGCUACAACAAAAAGGAUUGGACCCGCAAGCAUGAAUUCUACAUCAACAUAUGGGAGAAUAGAAAUCAGUGGGUGGUCCAAGGGGCGCCGGAGACAAGGCCAAUGGGGUACCACGAUGGCUACAUGCGGUGGUAUCGGAACUUCACGCUAAGAUGGGUGUCAAAGCAAGGUGCUGUUUGGGGCGCAGUGGUAAGUGAAUUCCAUUUUGGCCAAUUUUAG